GACUGUAGGUCGUUUGACGCGUUCAAGAGCUUUCGCUCACUUCAGGUUUGGUUUGUCAGGUUUCCUAAACUUCAAGUUUGUGAUAUCAUUAGCGUUUGUCUUUUGGGUUCGCUAUUGAACGUAGGUCUGUCACAUGCUUUUAUGGGGUUGUCGGUUAUUUCCUUGUCAUGUAAUUCCUUAUCUACGAUCUCCACACGUGGUACCGUUUGUACACAGCACAUAGUGCGCUUACUCUAUCAAGAAAGUGUGUCGUUUCGAGCUACAGACCAUCUGCUUUGUGUUCUUAUCUCGUUGAAGGGUAUGUUCAUAGGGCAAUGGCAACCGCGUAAUGAAGAUGGACAUCACAAUAGGUUGUCAAGCCUAUGAUGCAACGGUAGUGAGUCACAUUAGGCUCAGCAGCCUCCUAAAGUAUGAUGGGUUUGUUCAUUAGGCUGAGGUCGUAGUAACGUACGUUAAUUUCUAACCGCAACCUCGUUGAUACGCAAACUCUGUGGUAGUCCGUUAUAGAUGGGACGGCAUAUGCCUCUUCAGUAGGGCUCGCUUGUCCUUAUUGUCCAUCUGACUUCGAGCAAUGGCGAGACUCUAAUUUGGCGAAGACCUUUGAACGAGUCUUAAAUGACCUUGACAAUUAUUAGCCAAUCAGGAGACAGUAUAAAGCGAGAAUAUAUUGUAAGUAAUGAAUUACAGUGGAUAUUCUUCUUUUACAUGAUUUAAAAACUUGUUAAGGUUUGAUAAAGGUUCAGAGGCUCUGAAUUCAUUAUGCAUGUGGGUUGUAGCCUAGGGUUAGGGUCUCGCUGAUCAAUCGUGUAAUUUGUAUAAUGUUAAGGCUGGGGAGUCAGAGUCGUACAAUACUCAUAUUAAUCUUACUGUCUGGAUUUAACACACCCUAUUCUGAAAUUAACUGAUCAUAAACACCUGACAUACCAUUUUUACAGACUCUUGAGUGUCAGUUGUCUGAAUGGACUUUGGCUUAUGACGGCUUCUGUUUGGUGUCUAGUAGAUUACGCUAUUGGUCACUAGGUUGCCCCUUUCAUUUGCUGUAGAUCACAUAAGAUGGGUUUUCGUCUACAGAUAGUAUUGUUGGUGAUCUUGCUCACUAUUAACUUUUGCUGGUUUCAUUAUCACUAAAUGAGUAUUUUGCGUUCAAUGAAUCCACUUGGAUUAGUUCUUGUUAUGCCCUGGUACGGCCGAGAGUGGGGAGAGUCCGCUAUCCCUCUCAAAAUGCUCACAUGGCUACGCGUAUAUAGCCUCUGCCAAGGAAAUCCUACUCACUGCCUUCUCGUGGCGAGGGUGUUGUUUACGAAAAUGAGAGGACGAAAAGCGAAUGUCCGGCGCUUUAACCGGAUUCCAAACCAAUGGUGCACAUGGGCUCCAGUAUCCUGCGAGAACAAAUGGCGUAUGAACCAAUCGUUGGUCACCGGCUUCCAUGGGACUGUAUCUCCAUACGAUUCUCCACUGCCUUUUUGAUCAGACCUUCAGGUCGAGGGCUCCGGGUGUGGCCCCCUAAGAAAAUCACCUACUGCGGUUUGGACACCCGGGCAGUAUCAUAGCCCUCACAUAUAUCGAAUGAAAUUUGUGUUGCGCAUAUGUAUUUGGUGUCUUCUUGUACCAAUAUCUAUGUGUUGAAAUAAAAUAAAAAUAAAUAAGUUCUUAUUAUCUUUCAUAUCAUGCUAGCUUGAUAGAGGGCGACCAGCAGCUUUUAUCUAUUGUGUUAACAGCUGCAUACCAAUUGGUUAAAGGUGUUUUCUCCAAAAAUAGCUAUCAGCGUUUGUUAUUCUAGAAUCCUACUCCGUAGAUCGAUCACUGACUACUUAUUAUCUUGUAUUCAUAUGGUUAUUUAAAAUAUGCUUAUUAAGUUUUAGAACUACGCUUUUCAUUUUCUCAGACUCCUUGUUACGCUAUUUGACCUGGCGAACUGGAAUCUCACACAAGAUUAUUCCUUCACUUCUCUACCAAACAAAACCCGUUAGCCUAUUGAUACAGUUCUUUCAACAUGUUUUUGAGGCCAGAGAGUUUAGGUCUACUUUUCGUGAUACUCAAUAUCUCAUGGUCGGUAGAUCGUGCUAAUUUUAAAACAUGUGACCAGAGCUCGUUCUGUACUCGACAACGACAAAUAAAACCCGGGGGACUUGCGCACAGGUUAGAACCAAGUUCUGUCAAGAUAAGCCCACAUGGAAUAACUGCAGUUAUUUACACUGAAGAUCAAAACCAUCAUCUGUCGCUGGAUGUUACCUAUAAUCAACACUCCAUCUUCCGUGUACUCAUUGAUGAAUUGACAGAUGAGUAUAAAAGGUAUCGCGUGCCUACAGGAGACGUUUUGCCAGGCGUUGAAAAGGCCCCUAUCAAGUGUAAAUUUGCUGAGAAUAGUUUAGUGUUGGAUGGACAGUCUGGAUACAAGGCAGUCGUGUAUUAUAACCCUUUUCAUAUCGAUUUUUUCCUGAAUGACAUUGUUGUAGCAUCAGCAAAUAAGAGAAGUCUUUUAAAUUUUGAACAUCAGAGGAAAAAGCCGAUUAUCGAUAAAAAUAAGGUAUCUCAAAAUGACAACCAUACAUUACCAAGUGAAAAUCAUGAGGUUGAUAUUUCUACUGUAAAUAGUUCCGAAGAUUCUUCAGGAAAUACAGAUGUACCAAAAGACUCUACUACCGAUGAAGACAAAGAAGAUGAAAAACAAGAUCAUAUAGAUACAGAGCACACAGUUCCGGAAGAUCAGUCAUGGUCAGAAUAUUUCAAGGAACAUCUUGACACAAGACCUCACGGCUUAAACUCUAUCUCGAUGGAUUUCGACUUUCAGGGGUUCAGCCACGUCUAUGGGAUCCCAGAACAUGCUGAUGGAUUCGUUUUGAAAACUACAAGUGAUGGCGACCCCUACAGACUUUAUAAUCUUGAUGUAUUCGAAUAUGAGGUCCAUAAUAAAAUGGCCUUAUAUGGCUCUGUCCCUGUUAUGUGGGGACACAAUCAAAACAUUACUGUGGGUGUCUUGUGGCUGAAUCCGUCGGAGACAUGGAUCGACAUUGAUCAUUCGAACUCACAAAAUAGCGGAAUAUUUUCAGGUUUCUUUUCGAAGAAACCAGAGAAAUCUUCAGUACAAACGAGAUGGAUAUCUGAGUCCGGCUUAGUAGAUUUAUAUGUGUUUAUGGGUAGUACUCCAUCUGAAGCAAUGCGUUCUUAUGCUAGUGUGGUAGGUACUACCAAGUUACCACCCCUGUUUGCGAUUGGUUAUCAUCAGUGUAGAUGGAACUAUAAUGAUGAGGCUGAUUUACUUUCUGUGGACAAACAUUUUGAUGAAUAUGAAAUGCCUGUUGAUGUUUUGUGGUUAGACAUUGAACACACUGAUGGAAAACGUUAUUUUACUUGGGAUAGAACUAAAUUUCCAAAUCCAAAAGAAAUGGUUGAUAAACUGAAUGUUAAAGGUCGAAAGCUCGUUACGGUUGUUGAUCCUCACAUUAAGCGUGACUCGAAUUGGCCUUUAUUCAGUAAUUCCCAAAAUAAUGGGAUUUUCGUCAAAACUAGAGAUGGGACCGAAUUUGAUGGUUGGUGUUGGCCUGGAUCUAGUGCGUGGCCUGAUUUCACUGAUAAAUCUGUUCAGCAGUGGUGGUCAAAUCUAUUCCUUACUUAUGAACCUGUUUGCAAAGAUUCCAUGUUUACCUGGAAUGAUAUGGGUGAACCAUCAGUUUUUAAUGGUCCUGAAGUCACUAUGCAUAAAGAUGCUAAGCAUGCAGGUAAUUGGGAGCAUCGUGAUAUACAUAACUUAUAUGGGUUAUACGUACAUAAGUCAACUUGGGAUGGACUCAUGUUGAGGUCGAACGGCGUAGAACGUCCUUUUGUGUUGACCCGUGCGUUUUUUGUUGGUUCACAACAGACAGCAGCUGUUUGGACUGGAGACAAUACUGCUGAUUGGUCACACUUAAAGAUUUCAACUUCUAUGCUUCUCAGCAUAUCAGUCGUAGGGAUAACCCUAUGUGGAGCUGACGUGGGAGGUUUUUUUGGCAAUCCAGAUUCUGAGUUAUUGACAAGAUGGUAUCAGGCGGCUGCUUAUCAACCAUUCUUCAGAGCUCAUGCACACAUAGAUAGCAAACGCCGUGAACCUUGGCUAGUGGCUUCGGAAUAUAUUGAUCCCAUUCGAAAGGCAAUACAAGCUCGCUAUCAAUUACUUCCAUACUGGUAUACAUUGUUUGCUCGUUCGGAAGCAGACGGUCAACCAGUUAUGGCACCAAUGUGGUUUCAUUUUCCUAAAGAUGUGAAUACGUAUAGUUUGGAUGAUCAAUAUAUGAUUGGAGAAGCUGUGCUUGUGAGUCCUGUCACUGAUCAAGGUGCUGGCUAUGUGCAGUUAUAUUUUCCAAAGGGAACAUGGUAUCAUUAUCCAUCGCUUGAGGUAUUUGCAGGUGGACAGUCGACACAAUAUCCAGUAACGAUAAAUUCCAUACCUGUGUUUUAUCGAGGUGGGUGGAUUAUACCACGAAAAGAGCGUAUACGUCGUUCUUCAUGGCUUAUGCGUAGUGAUCCCUAUACAUUUGUUGUUUGUUUGGACCCUCAGAAGCCUGAUGCCGUUGGUUAUAUAUACAUAGAUGAUUUCCAUUCAACUUCUAAAUCAAAUGCCCAGUUUUUCAAAAUUAUUUACCAACGAGUUGUCGACCCAACGGGUGCAGGUGUGCAUGGUGGACGAUUGCGCUUACAACGUUUACCAUUACCAGGUGAAACUUCCAUAGUACUACCUAAAGAUGAUGUUUCUAUACCGAAAAUUGAACGCUUUGUUAUUGUUGGGUUCAGUAGUCCCUUGGAAAGAAUUACUGUGAUCGAUGCCCAUAAACCACGAAGAAAUAUAGGGUUUUCCAUUACUCCGUCCUCUGCUGGUUUUAAACACGUACCACGCAUUGUCGUUGUUCGUAAACCUGAUCUUUCAUUAAAUGAUGAAUGGGAAGUGCAUUUUGUCACAGGAAAAGAAUCCAGGGAUGAUUUGUAAAUGAUAGUUGAUAUCAAUCCUAUUUCUUCAACAUAGUACUCUCAUGUGUAUAUGAUUUGGCUCCAAGUUAUCUUGUUUUCUAAAACACUUGCUUAGUUUUAAUUUUUACAUCACUUUUCUCCAUCUCUUCAAAUGUGACGUGUACUCUUACCUGUCUGUUUGUUUUCUUUUCACUUGUCGUCUCGUUUUUUCCUGUUUUUAGCGCAUCUUUCUCAGUUCCCUUUUUCUAUUUUGUCAUUGUGUCUGUGUUUGAAUGUAAACAAAGAAUUUUCUCAUUGCUUUUAUGUAUGUUUUUAUUUUAAAAAGUGAAUUUGUUUAGUU